GUGUUAAAUGUGGUCAUGUAGUGUUAAAGGGUUAACGAGCUCACCGAAUGGUGACGUUCUGCACGUUUUGGUCAGCUGACUUACGUGAGCGGUGACGUGGAACAGGGAAUGUAACCAGGAAGAACGCGUUCACAGUCAACGAUGCUAACCGGGGAUACCAACGAUGAAGACGUGUCUCUAUUUGACGCCGAAGAGGACUCGGGGAGAAAGUCAAAGAAGACGGGAGUUAAGCACCCAGUGGCGUCUUUCUUCCACCUCUUCUUCAGAGUUAUCGCCAUCCUCGUCUAUCUGCUCUGUGAGUUGAUCAGCAGCAGCUUCAUCGCCUGCAUGGUCACCAUCAUCCUCCUCCUGUCAUGUGACUUCUGGACAGUUAAGAACAUCACUGGGAGGUUAAUGGUUGGUCUGCGGUGGUGGAACCAGGUAGAUGAUGAUGGUCGAAGCCACUGGGUGUUUGAAUCCAGGAAGGGCUCUGGGAAACAGCAAGUGUCAAAUUCUGAUUCCCGAAUCUUCUGGCUUGGACUGAUAAUUUGCCCAAUCAUCUGGGUCCUAUUUGCCUUCAGCACGCUGUUUUCUUUCAGGAUUAAAUGGAUGCCUGUGGUGAUCAUGGCGGUGGUAUUGCAAGGGGCCAACCUUUACGGGUAUGUGCGGUGCAGAGUGGGAGGGAAAACCAACCUAAAGAAUAUGGCCACCAACUAUUUUGGUCGGCAGUUCCUUAAGCAGACGCUGUCAAAAGAAGAGGAAUCAUAGACUGCAGCUCUGCCAUUAAAAACCCAUCAUUCUACCUAAUGCUGUGAUAUAGUCUUUUUCCUGAAGGACUCAUAGAAACAUGUUUGAAAUCAGCCGUAGAUGGGUUCAUAGUUUUCCUUUUAACAUAUUUUCUAAGAAAAGCAGCUUUAAACCAUCACUACAGGUGGGAGAUAUUCAUGGAAAACGUUCAAUUUGUGUAUUAAGCCUUUUUAUUUGUCUGUAGUUUUUAGUUCUUCUAGUAACUUCAGGAAACUUAAAAGGCUUUGAGGAUGGACGUAAAAACAUGUUUCCUUUGCAAAACUUACUCUGAAGUAUUCCAAGUCAUUUGUAAAUAUGUAAGUAAAGAUACCAUGUAAAGCAUUUUCUGUGCAAAUACAUUUGUAACAUUUUCCUGAAAA